UUACUAAUAUAGGAACACUGUGCACAAAUGGAACAACGCUCUCCUAACUGUCUUUAAUUCAGUUGACCUAGCGAAAACUUAGUUAGAUCCUCCCAUUUCUCUUGUUGUUGCUGAUUACUUACUUACUUUAUAAAAGAAGCUUUACAUAUGUAAUCCUUGUUCGCUUUUAUUAAAUAACAUCAUCAAUAACUUAACCGGGGAUUCACAUGCCUAAUAUUUUCCUUGUUUUUCUGAUAUUUAAACCCUAUAGUGAGUUUAUUAUUUUAGCUGUAAACUCCCUAGUUAUAUAAACCUUUCAAGUGACUCCUAUAGUUUAAAAUAUUUUAGAGUGUUUUCCUCAUGAUAAUUGAACUUUCGAAAGUCCUCUAUAAAAGGUCUCCACUUAUCCAGAAAAAGACAGUUCGAUCUUUGACAGCAAAGAAAUCAGGCGAACAAGAUGAAGCUGUUUCAUUUGUUGUUGUUGGUUGGGCUUGUGGCAACUCUGGUUACAGUUUCGGGAAGAGUAAUAAAUAUUGAAGAAGAUGCGAGUGAAGAAUUAGUUUCUCAGAAGAACAAUGAUGCAGAUGCUGAUUACGAAAAUGAAGAUUCUGAGGAUUCAGAUGAAAGUAACACCUUAUCUGAUGCGGAUGAAGAUUCGGAAGGAGUGGACAGUGACGUAGCAGAACAGGAUAUUGGUAAACAAGAUUCACGGUUACGUCGGCGUCCUCACAAACGCCGGCGAAGACGUCGUCGUCGUCGGCGAAUCAUCCGUCGACGAUUUUACCCACGCCGACGAAUACAUAAACGACGAAAAUCCCGACAUCGACGAACUCACAGCCGACGAUUGCACUCACAUCGACGAAUCCCCCGGAAUCGACGAUUUAAUAGGCGUCGAUUGCAUCCAAAUCGACGAAUCUUCCGAAUUCGACGAAUUCGCAAGCGUCGAUUGCAGCCACUAAAAAUCUUCCGAAAAAGAAUUUAUGGUUAGACAGUACUGUGAUUUGUUAGUCAAGUGAUUAACAAUAUGUUGUAUUUUUUAGAUAAAAAAUGCAAAAUAAACCUGCCUAAAACAACUAUCGAGUUUUGCUAC